CGCAGCUCCCCGCGCUCGCGCCCGCCCGCGCCCGCUGCCAGGCAGCGGCGGGGAUGGCCAGGCGCCGAGCCGGGGCGGUGACGCGGGCUGCGGUGCGGCCAUUGGCCGAGGGGGCCUGAGGGACGGGCCAGCCUCGUGAACAAGGAGACGCCGAGCCGCGAGGCCCCGGGAGAGCGAGGGCAAUGGAGGCCAACGCGCCCAAGCGCAAGGAGCCCGGCAAGUCCCUGCGCAUCAAAGUCAUCUCCAUGGGCAACGCCGAAGUGGGGAAAAGCUGCAUUAUAAAGCGAUACUGUGAGAAGAGAUUCGUGUCUAAAUACCUUGCAACGAUUGGAAUUGACUAUGGCGUCACAAAGGUGCAAGUCAGAGACAGAGAAAUCAAAGUGAACAUCUUCGAUAUGGCCGGACAUCCCUUCUUCUAUGAGGUUCGUAACGAGUUUUACAAGGACACACAGGGUGUGAUACUGGUGUAUGAUGUGGGGCAGAAAGACUCCUUUGAUGCCCUUGAUUCGUGGCUGGCAGAGAUGAAGCAAGACCUUGGACCGCACGGAAACAUGGAAAAUAUUGUAUUUGUAGUGUGUGCCAACAAGAUCGACCUUACCAAGCACCGUUGUGUGGAUGAAAGUGAAGGGCGCCUGUGGGCUGAAAGCAGAGGUUUCCUGUACUUCGAGACGUCGGCCCAGACUGGAGAGGGAAUCAAUGAGAUGUUCCAGACCUUUUACUUAUCCAUCGUCGACUUCUGCGAACACGGCGGGAAACGCCCCGUGCCCAGCAGCAGCGUGAGCUUCACCAAAGAGCAGGCGGACACCAUCCGCCGCAUCCGGGGCAGCAGGGACAGCUGGGACAUGCUGGGGCUCAAGCCUGGGGCCUCGAGGGAGGAGGUCAACAAAGCGUACCGGAAGCUGGCGGUGCUGCUGCACCCCGACAAGUGCAUGGCGCCUGGGAGCGAGGACGCCUUCAAGGCCGUGGUGAACGCCCGGACGGCCCUGCUGAAGAACACCAAGUAGGGGGGCCAGGCGCGCCCCCGCCGGCCCCGCUCUGUCGGGCUGUGUCCUUGGUCGCUGCCCCAGGAGGCUCGAGUCAGGCGACCUUGGGACACGCAGCGACGAGAGCCGAGCGCCUCUUGCCCCCUCCUGCUCCCCACUGCCCGCAUCCCCCCCUGUCAGCCCUGGAGCAGGACCCCUGAGGCACUCGGCAGGUGGGUGCCCCCCUCGGGGAAGCCGGGAGCCUGCGAGGGAGGACGGGACGCCCCGCUCUCAUUCUUGUCGCGUCAUUCGUCGAGAAGGGGACACACACACACACACACAUACACACACACACACACACACACACACACACACACACACACCUAGAACUGCAGUUCCGCUCACAGUGGCUGGGCGGGGACUUGGGCCACAGACCUGUCGCUGGGCACCUGGGGGCAGCCUCUGGGAGGUGUGCAAGGGCCCAUUCAAACGGGCUGUCCCUGCUUCCCCUCCUCUGGCCACCAGGGGGAGAGACGGGCCCGGCGGAGGGAAGGCCGAGGCACGGGGCGGGUGGGGGGCGGCUCGGACCCAGCUGGGAGGGGUGGGGGCUCCAGAAGUUGGGCCCAGCGCCGCCCCCUGCCUGUGCCCGUCCCGGGGCCUGCCUCUGGCUGCUCCAGCACUGUACCCCACCCCGCCCUCCCCGUUCAGCCCUCUUCCUUCCCCUCUCUUCGUUUUUCAAUAUGCGCCAUCACCGGCAUCUCUCUCAUCUUGCUUCCUGGCAUCCAGCUGCUGCCUCCCCUCCUCCCUUUGCCAUGGCUGAGCCUGGUCGACCAGAGGCGGGCAGGGCGGGGGGCGCCGUUUGGGUGAGGCCCGUGUCGGGGCCCGUAUCCUGGCUGCUUGCGCCCCAGCGGCCUGACGGGCAGCAUUUCAGCUGCACAGCACGAAGCUGAUCUCCCCUAGCGAGCUCCGUCCUCUGGUCACUCUCCCCUCCUCGGACCCGUGGGACUCCUGGGGACUAGGUGUCGGGUUGGGCCUUCUUCAGAGCUCGUGGCCCUGGCGCGCCGUGUCUCCUGUCCCUGGGACUCGUGCUUUUGGUGUGACUGAGCUGCCGCAGAGCGAUACUGUCGUGGCUGCCGGGCCGCCCUCCCUCCCGCAGGAAAGCUGGACUCAGCCCACUUGCCCCCCUCCCCCCCUCUGUGUCCUCUUCAUGGAGCAGCUUCCGGGGCUCCACGGGGAAUCCUCACGGUCGGACGGAUGGGAAGAUGGAUGGGAACGCUUCUCUUCUUCCUUUUAACGAAUUGAGAUCUAACCCCCCGGGGCAGUUUCCUCUGGCCUGGGCACUGGAGCUGCCCGGACUCCAGGUGUGCAUCUCAUCUUGGGUUUUGCAAAGGGCCUUUCUGAAGUCCCCGGAAGUCUGGGGACUUGCAUGGUGGUGCCUGCCCAGGUUGGCGUGACUCCUCCCUGCUGGGGCCCUCCAGGGCCGUCACCAGAACUGCUGGUUGCCCUGCACAGAUCUCUGCAAGGAGCAGCUAGGGCUGCGAGCAUCCCAGCAGUUAGGACCUUGAGUGUCCCAGCAGGUGGGGCUGCGAGCAUCCCAGCAGUUAGGGCUUCGAGCAUCCAAACAGUUAGGACCUUGAGUGUCCCAGCAAUUAGGAUCUACAGUGUCCCAGCAGGUGGGGCUGUGAGCAUCCCAGCUCCUGCCUGUGGUGGCUGCUUGUUGCUGGCUCUUGCAGGCUCUGUCGCUCACACUCACUAACGUGAAUGACGACCCGGCACGACUCCGGUGAAUAAAAGGAAGAGGAGAAGCAGGUUUAGUUUCAGCGCCCUCAAAUUUUUCUGACUCCUUAAGCCUUGAGUAGAUUAUUAAGAGGUAAGGAAGCAUGAUUUGCAAUGAGGUUUUUUUUGGGGGGAAGGGUACAGAUUUCAUACAAAACUUUACAGACCUCGGUGCAUUACUGUCCAUCCAAUCUUGGUGCAGAUGUACUUUGUAGUUCUACUUCAUAAAAAUUCCUCAGCCAGGUAAGAUUGCAAAAGACAUCAUUGAGAAUAACCACUAGCAGGAGUUUUCCAUGGCUAAAAAAAAAAGUUUCAUAGAGAAUCUCGUUUUUUUUUAAAAAAAAAAAAGAAUAAAAGCCUGAACAGGUAUUAUUAAAUAAAAGCCAUUUAUACCAUGUCUGAGUCACCAAGAAUGAACACUUUUAAAACUUGUUAGAAAUCCCUGGAGGCAUUUCAAAUCCAUCGCCCAACCUACCUGAGCACUUGAAAAGGCACACAGCCUCCUCUGGGUCCUCUCUCCCUCGCUGCUCCCCCCCCCAACCCCCUAGAACCGGCGUCUUAUUGCCAACGUUUCUUUUUCUUGAAUAUUCUCAUCUGUGCCCCUUUGACCCAGUGUCUUACUCCCAGCGUUUCUUUUACUUGAACAGCCUCAUCUUAACUUCUCUGCAUCCGUGUAUCCUUGAUCUUGUUAACCCUGUUAACUGCAAAGUCCGGAUUUGGGGGGUAUCGCACUGCACAGUGGGGCGGGCUAGCUCCCUGCCCACUGGGCAUGCCGUCUCCCCCUUGGCCGGUGGCAUCGCUGUGAGGCUAACAGCAGCUGGUCUUCCUGCGGAUUUCACACCGUUCCCUCCAGCUGUUGUUUACCCCGGCAGCCUUGCUGUACUGUGUUCCCCCCCCCACACACACAUCGAGUUCUCUCCUGGUGACUUCACGCCCACCCCUGAGGACCCACUUCACUGUUCACUAAAUGAGCCAUAGAGAAGGCAGCUACGGUUCUGGAAGGAAGCCAGACAGAGGGCCAGCCCUGUGGCAGCAGCGCCGUGGGGGGGCAGGAAGGGUCCCGGCCCAGGCUGGGGGGGUGGGGGGCACACAGGUGGCUCCACAGGGCCAGGAGGCGCUCUCCAGGGGAACUCGCGGGGGUGCCGGAAGGUUUCUCUCUUUCCUGCCAUCUCCAUCGAGCUCACCCUGAGCUCAUCAACGUCUUUUGGGAAACUUGGAAAAAGGAAAUUGAGGCGCAAAUAGAGCUCCCCGCCCUGCCGCCCGCCCGCUGUCCGGUGCUCAAGGGGAGGAGAGGCUCCUGCUUCUCGGGUGCUGCCCAGCGCAGUGGUGGGACGCGGCUGCUGUGGCUUGUUCCGUGGCUCGUCCGCAGGCGUCUCGGGGGGAGUGGGAAGCGGCAGGCGUGGCGCAGAGCGGCCAAGCGUGUCUGACGGGAGGUGCAAUAAGUAACUGUGCGAGAAGGGCCCGGCGGGGACGCGCCAGCCCCCCCUUGGCCGGUGGUGUCUCCGACCAAGCCCUUCGCUCUAACGAGGUAAUGUACUUAAGUGCUUACAGAAAACGUUAACGCUAACGGUUGUUUAUGUCUUGUAUAGAGAGUGUCAUAUGUAUUUAAGUUGCAUAUUUUUCUAAAAUAAAGCCGAAUAUUGAACACUG